AUGGAUAAUCUCCUCCCCCAACCACAAGCUUCAAAAAGGCGCUACUUGAUCACAGGUGGCCAUGGAUUUAUAGGAUCCCACAUUGCACGUCGCAUGUUCGCUGCCGGCGAGGUUACGGUUCGAAUCGUGGACAUAGCACCUACGUCAGCGAUAGAAGGUCCAAUUUGCCACGAGUUUCUCAAGGGCAAUCUGCUCGAUAUGUCCUUUUGCGAACAAGCUCUAGAGGGGGUCGACGUCGUUAUCCACCUCGCUGCCAACAUGGGUGGCAUGGGAACAAUCCACGAUGACAAUGAUUUCCUUAUCUAUCAGGAGAACCAUAUGAUGACGAUAAACAUACUUCAAGCCUCUUUAGACGCCGGUGUCAAACAGCUAUUAUAUGCAUCAUCGGCCUGUGUGUAUCCCCAGGAUUUGCAGAGUGACCAAACUGGAGACGUUUCUCUGCGCGAAACCGCAGUAUGGACUCAAUGUUCCCCACCUUCGCCUCAAGGUCUAUAUGGGCUCGAGAAGUUACACUCCGAAAAUAUCAUGCUGCUGGAACAGUUUGCAACUAAAAUGGACAUUCGAAUUGCCCGGUUUCACAAUAUUUUUGGUCCCGGCGGUUCCUGGAAGGAUGGCAGGGAGAAAGCGCCAGCUGCCAUGCUUCGAAAAGCUCUGGCAUUGAAGCGCGUUGGAUUAUCUGCCAAUACCACGUUCGAGGUAUGGGGAGAUGGAUAUCAACGCCGAAGCUUUCUGUAUGUUCUUGAUGCUGUCGAUGGAAUCAUGGCACUUCUGCAAUCUAGGCACAAUCCUGGCCCUAUCAACAUUGGUUCGGACAGAUCCGUUACCAUCCAGGACCUGGCAAAUAUGGCCCUCGAAUGUGUCGGAUUAGACCCCAAACAGGUCUCCUUUUCAUAUCAUCUUGACAAGCCCGUUGGUGUCAUAUCGAGAAAUUCGAACAACGAGAGGGUAAAGGAAGUCCUUGAUUGGGAACCUAAAAUCAAACUAUUGGAAGGCAUGCAAAAGACUUGCGAAUGGAUGACACGCCAGCUUAAUCAAUUAGAAGCGGGAUCCGGUAUUGACGAAAAAUUUUUGGUCAGUAAAGUGAUUCAUCUUCGACCCCAGAAAAUCACAUUCGCCAUUCUACUUCCUAUAACAUCUCGAGGCACUGCAAAUGCGAUGGAUUGCCUCUUGAACUUGAGGCGAUUUGCAAAGUCCCUUGUUAAUACAACCUGGAGGGAUACUCGAGACACCUAUGAGGGAGUCACGUUUCGCUUUGCUGUAUAUCUCGCAAUCGAUGCAGAUGACGAGUUUCUUCUUCCUCAUGGUCGCCAUGAAGGCAAGGCUCAAGCCGUUUUACGCGACGAAGGCGUAUUCAACAUCACCUCUAUCUACUGCGACCUCCCCCGAGGCCACGUAUGUGCGCUUUGGAGAAAAUGUGCCAAGAAGGCCUGGGUAGAUGGGUGUGACUACUUGGUCCUUAUGGGAGACGACAUCAUUCUUCAUGAUGAGGGAUGGAUGAGAAAAGCCUAUACAGAGUUCUCUGAUUUGGCGAAUGAGCUUUUGGUGCCAUACGGAUUUGGUUGUGUUGCUUUCACUGAUAUAUCAUUUCCUGGUAUGCCUACUUUUCCAAUCGUUCAUAGAACCCACAUGGACAUCUUCGGCGAAGUGGUACCGGAAAUCUUUGUCAAUCAAGAUGGUGACCCAUUUCUGUUCCAGCUAUACAGACGGUGGAACUCGUCCAGAAUGUUCACAUCAAGGAUUUCCAAUGGUGUUGGAGGUGAAAAUGAUGCUCGAUACUCCAAGGCGCACGCUCAGAAAUGGAAGUUCGGCCCUCUUGAUCAGGCGGUUUCCGUUGCUCAUAACUGGCUUCAUGAUCAAGCAUGCAAUCCCAAUAGGAUGGUGACCAUUGAUGUCGUUAUUCCAUGCUAUAGGGUUGACAUCUCAAUCCUUGACCGGAUUCUGUCCCUCAAGCCAACUACCACCGCUUGCGUUAUGUUCAUUAUUAUCAUCGACGACCCGCUUUCCCCCAAUAUUUCUCAACUUGAAUCAAAGUAUUCAAGCCGUCCCGACGUACGCAUUAGAGUUAACCGGAAGAACUUAGGGGCAUCUGCCUCACGAAACAGGGGAAUGGAAGAGUCGGCAGCUGAUUGGAUUCACUUCCUGGACGAUGAUGUGGUCCCUAGGCAAGACCUUCUGGAGCAGGCUGAGAAAGCAAUUCGUUCUGAGCCCAGAGCCAUUGGUUUUGUUGGGAAAUCUAUGUUCCCAGUAGCCGAUACUGUAUUCACUGCUGCUGUACAUCUCGCCGGCGUGACUUAUUUCUGGGGUAUAGCAGGAGACAGCAACCUGACUGACGAUGUCCCUUGGGGUGUUACUGCCAAUCUCAUCACGCGACGCGUUGAUGACUCCAUUAAUUUUGAUUUGAAGUAUCCUAAAACUGGGGGAGGGGAAGAUAUAGAUUUCUGCCGUCUGAAGAGGCAAUCUUCUCUUUCUAACAAAGGAAAGGGAUUUAUUGCAGCUCCGGAUGUCCAGUUGUUCCUCUGCGUCAUCCUCGCGAACACUCUGGAUGACUAUUAUAGACAUAUGUGGAAACACCCGGAACGGACCGCAUCUUUGGACAUUAGCAUCCGCAGGGGAUCAUUGCUAUGGAGGCUUUCAGUUAUUGAAAGCACGUUUAUACGGAUGUUUAGUGAAAUAGGGCGCCUGCGGGGGUUGUUUUUGCGUGGGGAAUACACUCUUGUGAUGAAACGGUUUGAUUGGUUCGCUGGUCGACUCAACGAUGCCCCAAUUAUGGAGGAAAGAAUCAACAGUAUGUUGAUGUACCUCGCCCAAUAA